AUGGCUUUCCGCCGUGGGGUCGCCCCGCUGCUGGUGGCGCUGCUCGCCCUCGUCGCCACCGCGCGCAGUGAUUGCCUGUGUGAAAAGAACAAACGAGUAAAAGGCUGCACAUUAAGUAAUGGUGAAUGCGAGUGUGUUUCUUGGGGGUCUAAUAUUACAGUGUCCUGUGGAACAUUGACCUCAAAAUGCCUACUGAUGAAGGCAGAAAUUACUGGUUUAAAGGAUGGUAGAAAGCCACCCAGUCAGGCUUUCGUAGACAACGAUGGCAUUUAUAAUCCUGAGUGUGACAACAAUGGCAACUUCAAAGCUAAACAGUGCAAUGGAACAAGCACUUGCUGGUGUGUGAACUCUGCUGGAGUACGAAGAACUGAAAGGAGUGAUGAAAACAUAACAUGCAGUGAAGUAGUCAGGACAAGCUGGAUUAUUAUUGAAACAAAAUCUGUUAAUACUGCUUUGGACCCACACUCUGUCGAGAGGGUCUUUGCAGAAACACUUGCUCAACGUUACCUCUUGAAUCCGAAGCACAUAAAUGUUAAGUAUGAUAACUCUUUCAUUACUAUUGAGCUGAAACAAAACGCUUCAGAGAAAUCCACAAGGGAUGUGGAUAUAGCUGAUGUAGCAUACUACUUUGAAAAAGAUGUCAAAGGGGACUCCAUACCUCCUCAAUCACGCUGGAACAUUACAGUCCAAGGAGAACCUUUGCAGCUUCAAAAUACUUUGAUCUACUAUGUUGAUGAAAAGCCACCAGAGUUCUCAAUGAAACGUUUGACUGCUGGAGUAAUUGCUGUCAUUGUUGUUGUAGCAUUAGCAAUAAUUGCCGGCAUCCUUGUACUGGUUUUUACUAGAAGAAAGACGGGGAAAUAUGAGAAAGCUGAGGUAAAGGAAAUGAAUGAAAUGCACAGAGAACUAAAAUCGUAAUUGAUCUAACCAGGAUCACAAGAUGAACAUGGUGAAAACAUCAAAACGGAACAUUAACUAUGUGGACUUGUCAUUUUUAUACAGUGCAUACCUGUAGCUUUAGUUAAGAGGAUUACCUCAAACUUAGGACCUAUACAUGCACAUUGCAUUUUCAGGGUUAAGACAUAGCAUGUUCAGAUGAG